CUGAAAUUCCCUGUCGUUUUUAGCAUCCAACUCCACCUUCCGAUCCCCACCCCAUCAUCUUUCUUCGCUAAUCGCCCCACCGAAGACUAAAAUAUAUAAAAAAGAAAGAAAAAUAAAAAAAUCACCCGCUCACUAACUUCACCUCCCCUCGCUUGCUUUCAACGCCUCCAAGCUCCUCUCUCCUCAGGCCCUUCCCUAUAUAUUUAUUUAUUGUUUUUACAUAUCUCUCUGUAUACACUAUUCGAACACUCUCUACUGAAUCCAGUUUUUUCCAGAGCCAAAGCGAGAUGGCGGAAGGUAACCUCGAGUGUUGCAACAAUGGAUCGUCAAAACCAACGGUGACUCCAUAUGAGGAAGCACUGGAUGCUUUAUCUUCGUUGAUAACGAAACGCAGUCGUGCUGAUAAGAGCAACAAAGGAGAUCGUUUUGAUUUGCUUUUCGAUUAUUUAAAAAUUCUGGAGUUAGAGGAGGCAAUGUCAGAGAUGAAGAUCAUACACGUGGCAGGCACUAAAGGAAAGGGAUCCACGUGCACCUUCACGGAAUCUAUCCUACGUAAUUGUGGCUUUCACACUGGACUUUUCACAUCUCCUCAUCUCAUUGAUGUCCGAGAAAGGUUUCGUUUGGAUGGUAUGGACAUUUGUGAAGAGAAAUUCUUGGCAUAUUUCUGGUGGUGCUUUGACAGACUAAAGGAAAAAGCUACAGAAGAUAUACCAAUGCCUACCUAUUUUCGCUUUCUUGCUUUACUUGCCUUCAAGAUAUUUGCAGCGGAGCAGGUAGAUGUAGCUAUUUUGGAAGUUGGGUUAGGCGGAAAGUUUGAUGCAACAAAUGUGGUUCAGAAACCUAUUGUGUGUGGUAUAUCUUCCCUUGGGUAUGACCACAUGGAGAUUCUUGGAAAUACUCUAGCACAAAUUGCUGGGGAGAAGGCUGGUAUCUUUAAGGAUGGAAUUCCAGCCUUCACAGUGCCUCAACCUGAUGAAGCAAUGAAUGUGCUUGUAGAUAAGUCUUCUAAGUUAAAUGUAACCCUUAAAGUGGCAGAGCCAUUAGAUGCCAAAUUGCUGAAUGGUUUAAAACUCAGUCUUGAAGGUGAGCACCAGUAUUUAAAUGCUGGUCUUGCUAUUGCACUAUCUUCUACUUGGCUUCAAAGGACUGGGCAUCAUGAAUUCACUUACCUGGAACAGGCUAGCCCACUUCCUGAGCAAUUUAUUAAGGGGCUUACAACAGCCAGUUUGCAAGGGCGGGCUCAGAAAGUCCCUGAUCAAUAUAUUAAUGCUGAGAGAUACGGAGAUCUUGUGUUUUAUUUGGAUGGAGCCCAUAGUCCUGAAAGCAUGGAGAUGUGUGCAAGAUGGUUUUCUCUUGCUGUUAAAGAAGACAGCCAGAAAAAGGCCUUUAAUCAUCCCCUACAGAACAAUUCUGGAUCCACAAUUGAAUUGACACAGGGGAACCCCAAAGAGAGAGAUGGAAAGAUUUCCAUGCAGAUAUUGGUGUUCAAUUGUAUGUCAGUGCGGGAUCCUCAGCUGCUUCUCCCUCGUCUGAUGAAAGCAUGUGGUAAUCAUGGUGUCUACUUCAAGAAGGCGCUCUUUGUUCCAAAUACAUCCGUGUAUUACAAGGUUGGAUCUCAUGCAUUACCAACUGAUUCUCAAGUUGAUUUAUCGUGGCAGUUGGCUCUUCAAACAGUAUGGGAGAAUCUCAUACAGAGUGAUAAAGGAGGGGAGGCCAAGCAUGCGGAUGCUGUUUGUGAAGAAGGUAAAGAUGAUACCAAAAUGGGUGGUAGCACUUGUGACAAUAGCACAGUCUUUCCUUCCCUCCCAUUAGCUAUUAAAUGGCUUAGGGAAAGUGUCCAACAGAAUCAAUCUGUUCGCUAUCAGGUCCUUGUAACCGGUUCAUUACAUCUCGUGGGUGAUGUGUUGAGGUUAGUCAAAAUGUGAGGCACAAGACCAAGUUGAAGGUCUCUAGUUGCAACAACUUGUGCUUAAGAAGUGCUGGCAUUGACACUGGACUAACAAGGUACCAAAUGCGAGGUAGUGAAAGAUUCAGUCUCUGUAUUUCUAAAUUUUCUAAUUUAGUGUUUUUUUAUUGAGUAUUUUUAUCUUAGAUAAUCUAAUAAAGUAUUUCUAUUUAAGUGUCUGUAACUCAGUUUUUCUCAUUUAAAUAAGUUACACCAUUCAUAAUCCUA